AUGAAGCAAGGCUUUCUUAGCAGAUUUACAAGAUCUGCGGGUUGUGCUCCAGUAGGUUGGCCGGCAGAUGAUGUUGCGGAGAUCGACGCUUCCGUAAAUGAGUUGAAGAAGAUAACUUCAGAUAUUCUCAAAAAACUUUCGUCAUAUCUGCCUCCUAAUUCUUCGUCAACUGUGCGGUCGUUGGAUUUAACACCAUUCCACUUCGAUCCGCUGCAACUAUCUGGAGGUUCUGGAGAUCGCCUAGUUAACAGGGCAACAAAAUUAGAGGAAAUUCGUCAAAAGAAUUUACCUACUCACAAUGCUCUUCAUUCUGAAUUUAAUGGAUCUAGCACGUGCUCGAACGAUACGAGGUCGCAGGAGCACGAUUCAAAUGCCGAAGGCGACAGCGGUUCCUACGAAGCUUCCUCGUCGAAGGAAGCCUCGAAGAACGGUGAAUCUAGUGAAACUCGUUUCUUCACAAAUGGCAAUGCAAUGAAUAUGUCUGAAAAGUCUGAUCAAACUUUUGUAGUGAGCGAAUUGGGAAAGGUAUAG